GACUCAGAUCUCACCCCCUACUACUCCCCCAGAAGAGCUGGGGGCCACUGUUUCCUGGAUUAUCCUAAAAGCUUCUGAGGCCGUGAGGACUUGGCAGCAUCCCUGCUGGUUCUUUCACCUCCCCCUUUGGUUCUGCCUGUCACCUCCUUUAUAAAGGCUGGCUCUUUUAUCACUGCCACUUGUCCCGACAGCCGCUGCCAGCUCUGGGCUCCAUGGACUGGUACCAUCUGAGGUGCCCCUGACCGUCCCUGUCCCCCACCCCGGAUCCCGGCAAUGCUAACCGCUGUCUGCGGCUCUCUGGGCAGCCAGCACACGGACGCGCCUCACGCCUCCCCACCGCGGCUUGACCUGCAGCCUCUCCAAACAUACCAGGGCCAUACCAGCCCGGAGGCCGGGGACUACCCCUCCCCGCUGCAGCCUGGAGAGCUGCAGAGCCUCCCGCUGGGCCCGGAGGUGGAUUUCUCACAGGGCUAUGAGCUGCCUGGGGCAUCCUCGCGGAUAACCUGCGAGGACCUGGAAAGCGACAGUCCCUUGGCCCCGGGACCCUUUUCCAAGCUCCUGCAGCCGGACAUGUCACACCAUUACGAAUCAUGGUUCCGGCCAACUCACACUGGCACCGAGGAUGGCUCGUGGUGGGACCUUCAUCCGGGCACCAGCUGGAUGGAUCUCCCACACACGCAGAGCACGCUAACUUCACCUGGCCACCCGGGGGCGCUUCAGGCUGGCUUGGGGGGCUACGUCGGAGACCACCAGCUUUGUGCCCCGCCUCCCCACCCGCAUCCUCAUCACCUCCUCCCACCCACCGGAGGGCAACAUCUUCUGGGGCCGCCCGACGGGGCUAAGGCCUUGGAAGCGGCCGCCUCGGAGUCGCAAGGGCUGGAUUCAAGUCUGGACACGGCGGCCCGGCCAAAAGGCUCCCGGCGGUCAGUGCCCCGCAGCUCAGGCCAGACCGUAUGUCGCUGCCCCAAUUGUCUGGAGGCGGAGCGACUGGGGGCUCCGUGUGGGCCGGAUGGGGGCAAGAAGAAGCAUUUGCACAACUGCCACAUCCCGGGAUGCGGGAAAGCCUAUGCCAAGACAUCGCACCUGAAGGCACAUCUGCGCUGGCACAGCGGCGACCGUCCCUUCGUCUGCAACUGGCUCUUCUGCGGCAAGCGCUUCACGCGCUCGGAUGAGCUGCAGCGCCACCUCCAGACCCACACCGGCACCAAGAAGUUCCCCUGUGGAGUCUGCAGCCGGGUCUUCAUGCGCAGCGACCACCUGGCCAAGCACAUGAAAACCCACGAGGGCGCCAAAGAGGAGGCUGCCGGGUCGGCCCCGGGCGAGGGAAAGGCCAGCUGCGCAGUGGAGCCCCCGGGGGGCAAAGGCAAACGGGAGCCCGAGGGCAGUGUGGCUCCCUCCAACUGAGCUGCUCGCGCCGCCUCCCUGCUGACCUGGGGGCACUGGGUUAGGGCCCCCAGGUCUGACAUCCUUGGGGGACGACUUGAGUAAAAGGGGAAGGUGGUUAUUUAUUAAGGAGAGGGGAAAUGGUGCGGGGAGAGGGAGAGGAGGCGCUAGGGGGUGGUUUAGUCUUCUGGGGCUGCACAGAACGCGUUUGGCUGUUUGGGCCGGGAACGGCUGCGUGUGCCCCUCAGUUCUCCCCUUCCUCACUAUUUCACUUGCCCCUGGGCUGGGGGAUUAGGGUAGAUUGCCCCCACUGGAGCUGGAGGGUGGAGGGGACAGGCUAGAGGAGCGGAGAGGAGUGGGGCCGGUCGGGGCGCUGGGGGUGGCUGUCUGG